CCAGAGCUGCAAUUUCCCUGUUUUAUAUAUAGAUGGAGAUGAAUCUGUGCCUUGGCUGGGCACUAUAUAAACGGCUGUCACUACCUUCCCCCGCUCACACGCUCACAGGCUGCCACUGCUAGGAAACAGUGUGAUUCCUCCAAGGAAACGGUGUGUGAUUCCUCCAGCUGGAGCCAUGGACACUUCUUAUCCCCGUGAAGACUACCUGCCCAUGUCUUCCCGUAAGCAGGAACCUUCUCCAACGGUCAUCACUGUCAAGCCUCCGGUGGUCCCCCGCGACUAUAUGAUUUGGUCCGUAUUCAACACCAUCUACAUGAACCUGUGUUGCCUUGGCUUUGUCGCCCUUGCUUAUUCUGUCAAGGCACGGGAUCAGAAGGUGUCCGGUGACCUGGAAGCUGCCCAUCGCUACGGCUCCAAAGCCAGGUGCUACAAUGUCCUUGCCACAGUGUGGAAUGUGGUGCUGCCGCUCAUGCUCAUUGCUCUGGUGAUCACGGGCGUCCUCCACCUCUCCAAGCUGGCUCAGGAGUCCAUGGACUUUUUGGCUUACAGACUCUUUCCUAACGAUGAUGACAAGAAGUGAGCCGGGGUCUCGAGCAUUCCUGCGAAUGUAUUAUUGACCAUUAAUAUGGCUCUUUACUGAAACUGUCAACUGGUGUAACUCAACCACUAUGCACUACAAAACAUCUGCUAGCUGUAAUUCAGGUCAUCUGGUGCAUUAUACUGAUGCAUUAAUGUACCUUGGAACUCAUCUCCCAGGUCACCCUUUGGGGUUGCAGCAGACGAAGAAAUUAAUCCUUGGCGUUCUUCAUAAACUCACGGCUGAGCUGCCCAUCAUGGUGUUUGUUCUCUCUGUCUCUCAUCUUCCUCUCUGCUGGGCUUUCACACACUUGACAAACAUGCAACAACCAUACAGAAAGCAGAUAGCCCAAGAUAUACUGAUAAAACUAUUAAAUAUACUUAUGUAAAUUGCAUACUAUAUUUACACCAUGCAUACUAUUUGUCUUUUAUUUUUGCUAGUUGUGUGUUUUCAGUGUAGUUUCUAUCUGCAAGAGGUUUGUACGAAUAUUAGUGAACGUAUGUUGAGGCAUGUGUGUUAAAUUGUACAAAAAAUGUGAUCUUUAUUCUUUAUUGGCAUGAUCACAGCUAUUCAAUCUGUUAUUAAAUAAUUAAUUUCCAUGGUGACUGCUGAUUGGUAUAUGUUCAGAUAUGUGGUGGCUUAUCUACAGAGACAUAUUUAAUCUUUUAGGAAGGAUCCUAAAGUCACCAUCUUUUAUCUUGUAUUAACAAAUCAGGUGGA